CUGCAUGUCCUUGAGGUUGGGGCUUGUGGUCCAGUCCAGGCAGAAUACUUAAUUUGGCCAUUAGUUUUCCUUCCAAAUUAUCUAUCACCCUUUUGUGUUCCUCUUCAUCUUCCUCUACCCUCCCUCCCUUCCUUGUUUUUUCUUAAUUACAAAAUUAAUAAGAAUUAUAGAACACAAAUCUUCAUAAUCAAAGUUGUGUAGAUAUCAAAUGGAAGGAACCUCAUCACAACAAGAAAAAGAUAGCAUCACAUCCCCUCUCCUAUCAAAGGAGGAGGAUGAGAAAUUAGAAGAAAACUCGCCAAUCAAACAAGUGGCUCUAACGGUACCAACAACAGAUGAUCCAUCUCUUCCUGUUCUGACAUUCCGAAUGUGGGUAUUAGGAACCCUUUCAUGUGUUCUCUUAUCAUUCCUUAACCAAUUUUUUUGGUACAGAACAGAGCCUCUUACAAUAACAGCAAUCUCUGCUCAGAUUGCUGUUGUACCUUUGGGUCAACUCAUGGCUUCAAAAAUCACAAAACGUGUUUUCUUUAAAGGAACUUCUUGGGAAUUUACGUUGAACCCUGGUCCUUUCAACGUUAAAGAACAUGUUCUUAUUACUAUCUUUGCUAAUUCUGGUGCUGGCACUGUUUAUGCCAUUCAUAUUGUUACUGCUGUUAAAGUUUUUUACCACAAGCAUAUUUCCUUCUCUGUUUCUUUGCUUGUAGUCAUCACCACUCAGGUAUUAGGCUUCGGAUGGGCAGGUAUAUUUAGAAGAUAUCUUGUGGAGCCAGCGGCUAUGUGGUGGCCAGCAAAUUUAGUUCAAGUUUCACUCUUCAGGGCCCUGCACGAGAAGGAGGAAAGGCCAAAAGGAGGGUUAACACGAUCUCAAUUCUUCGUUAUAGCAUUUUUUUGCAGCUUCGCAUACUAUGUGUUCCCCGGUUACAUUUUUCAAAUGUUAACAUCACUCUCUUGGAUAUGCUGGAUAUUUCCCAAUAGUGUAUUGGCUCACCAACUUGGAUCAGGUCUAAAUGGGCUUGGUAUCGGUGCUAUUGGGCUUGACUGGUCUGCCAUUUCAGCCUACCUCGGUAGCCCACUUGCAAGCCCAUGGUUUGCUACUGCCAACGUGGCAGCGGGAUUUGUAUUUGUUAUGUACAUUCUGACUCCAUUGUGUUAUUGGUUCAACAUUUACAAUGCCAAAACUUUUCCCAUUUUCUCCAACAAACUUUUUACAUCAAAAGGUCAUGUUUACAAUAUCACAGAUAUAAUAGACUCUAAUUUUCAUCUAGACCAUGCUGCUUAUGAGCGACAAGGAAGACUUUACCUCAGCACUUUCUUUGCUAUGACUUAUGGUGUUGGCUUUGCUGCACUUACGGCUACCAUUGUGCAUGUUGCUCUCUUUCACGGAAGAGAAAUAUGGGAGCAAAGCAAAUCAAGUUUUAAUGAAAAGAGCAUGGACAUCCACACCAAGCUUAUGAGGAAGUACAAUCAGGUUCCCGAAUGGUGGUUUGUGUGCAUACUCAUUGCAACAAUUGCAACUACUGUUUUUGCAUGUGAAUAUUACAAUGAACAGCUUCAAUUGCCUUGGUGGGGUGUUCUGUUAGCAUGUAGCAUUGCAAUCUUCUUCACUCUCCCCAUUGGGAUAAUUACUGCAAUCACAAAUCAGAGUCCAGGGCUGAACAUAAUCACAGAGUACAUCAUAGGGUAUAUCUACCCAGGAUACCCUGUAGCCAACAUGUGCUUCAAAGUUUAUGGUUAUAUUAGUAUGACACAAGCCAUUACUUUCUUGCAAGACUUCAAACUCGGACACUACAUGAAAAUCCCUCCCAGAACUAUGUUCAUGGCACAGGUUGUGGGAACACUAAUUGCCGCUCUUGUGUAUUUAAGUACUGCAUGGUGGUUACUGGGAAGCAUACCAGACAUAUGCAAAGAUACAUCCUCUGUUUGGACUUGUCCAGGUGACACUGUAUUCUACGAUGCAUCAGUUAUUUGGGGUUUGAUUGGACCGCGUAGAAUAUUCGGAGACUUAGGAACCUAUGAGAAAAUAAAUUGGUUCUUCCUUGGUGGAGCAAUUGCUCCUUUGCUGGUUUAUUUAGCUACAAGAGCGUUCCCAGAACAAGAGUGGAUUAAACUCAUCAACAUGCCAGUGUUGAUAGGUGCUACAGGAAUGAUGCCACCAGCUACAGCAGUGAAUUAUACUAGUUGGAUUGUUGUUGGCUUUCUGUCUGGGUUUGUUGUGUAUAGGUAUAAGCCAGAUUGGUGGAGGCGUCACAACUAUGUUCUUUCUGGUGCUUUGGAUGCUGGUCUCGCUUUUAUGGGUGUGGUUUUAUACCUUUGUUUAGGAUUAGAGGAUAUUAGUAUUGAUUGGUGGGGAAAUAACCUUGAUGGUUGUCCCUUAGCUCAUUGCCCAACUGCCAAAGGAUUUGAGUUUCAAGGUUGUCCUGUUUCCACUUAAUUAGGAUUUAAUUAAAUGUACAUAGUUAUUUAUUGGUUAAGCUUCAUACUUUCUUUGAGAUUCAACCUUUUCAUUCAUCAAACUGUGUAAAAAUGUACAUAUUUUAUUUGUUUGAAUUGAUCUAUUCCAACUUUAUCUAUUGGUUU